UGACAAACUCGUUUAGGUGUGUCGCUGUGAUAAUAAGUUACAUAAAUAGACACUACGUAAUCGCCGCGAUAAGGUAAACACAACGUGUUCUCAGUGUCAAACACGAGACUGUUUGAGGCAGACGUGUGUGUUACAGUGUUUAUAUAAAUGAACAAAUGGAUUUUACGGGAAAAGUCGUUAUAGUGACAGGAGCUAGCUCCGGUAUUGGAGCAGUCACUGCAAAAAUGUUUGCCGCUCAUGGAGCUACUCUCACAUUAGUGGGCAGAGAUGAAACAAGACUCCAAGCCGUGGCCAAAGCUUGUGAAGAAGCCAAAGGAAUCAAACCGCUACCAGUACAAUUAGACUUAACUGCAGUCAACAGUUGCAUUGUAGUCGCUCAGAAAACUGUGGAAGUCUUCGGCCGAAUAGAUAUACUCAUCAACUGUGCUGGAAAGAUUGGAUUAACCUCGCUAUUUGACGCAAACAUGGUAACUUUUGACGACCUGUUCGCAAUCAAUCUCCGUGUACCGUACGAGUUGACUCAAAAGUGUUUACCUUAUAUAGUGAAAACUAAAGGCCAUAUAGUGAAUGUGUUCUCAGCUCCUAUCCGGGCACGACCAGGUUUUGUGACAGCCAGCAUGAUCGCCGAAGCGUUAGAAAGAUUUACAAAGGUCAGCGCAGUAGAAUUAGCACCGGAAGGAGUUAAAAUGAAUGCAGUAAGACCGGGUGUGACUAGAACGAAUAUAUUGAAAAACAUUAAUAUAGAUGAUGAUGAAGUAAAUGAUAUGUACGAGGCUUUAGCCGGGAUGGUUCCAAGCAGACAAAUUAUAGAACCAGAUGAAGUGGCUAAAAUGGUUUUGCUAGCUGCUAGUGAUAUGUUCCCUAAUUUAAAUGCAGCUAAUCUUGUGGUAGAUGGAGGUGCAUCUGUGGCGUAAGAUAACUUAAGAUUCUAUUUGUGGUUUUAUAUGUAUAUUGCUGUACUUGUGUUUUGAAGAAAUUUGAUAUAUUGAAGAAUAUUUGUCUAUAGUCUAGGCUUUUUUUUAAAGAAAAUUGUUUAAUUCUCAAAGAUGGUGUUAUUGUUUAUUGGCUGACUUUUAAUAUUUUCGAUAACUGACUAUCUAACAGAAAAGUUCGCAUUAAAUUAAUAAUCUUACGUAUUUCGACAAAGUGAUACCUACACGUAAUAAACCACACGAUUUGGUAAAUCCACGACUGAAGGUAUUAAACAAAUUACUAAAGUGUUAUCAAAAACAAGAUAUUACUUAUAUUCAAUGUUGCGAUAUUCCAGUUGUACUCGUAGUCGAUGAACGCGUUAGUAGAAUGGAUGUUUUUUUAUAACGAUAAACAAUUAUGGUGCCAAACUAGUGACGGGCGAAUUAUGAUUAGCUCAGGAACAAUAGGAGAGACCACAGCGAAACUCUUUGCUUUUCAUGAUGCUGAGAAGACCAAAUUAAGAGAGUUGGACGGAAAAUAAAUGAAAAUUACCAAAAGAAGCCAUCAGCAUCCUUUUAUCAUAUCUCGGACUUAAGAAAAAUAAAAUUUCUAAUUAAUAGCAAGAUAAAACUUAUCAAACAAAUAAAAAGAUAUUUGACUGAGUAGCAUAAUAUUAAUAGAAUUAAAAGGAAGCUUGGAUGUGUGAGUUGUACCUAAUUUCAUCUCAAGUAUUUUGUUUUUUACAAAUAAUCAAGCAACAUAUAAACGCGAUAUUUUACUUAGUAAUUUUAAAUUUAUAGUUACGAGAAAUGUAAACAGGUAAGGAAACUUUAAAAAAAGUGUAUCCGUUUUCUUUCGCAUGCGAAGUAUUGAUUUUUGUUUGUAUAUGAAUAUUUCUGAAUGGAAUACCUACAACGUUAUUUCUUGAAAACGUUUUCCGUCUUGAUUUAAGUGUUGCAUUCAUUUAUCAUAACAACCUUGCGCAUAAAUCUUAUCUGGUUUAACUGCUUGGUUAUUAUGUGCGAGUGAACAAGUUUUUUCUAAUAAAUGUUUGCGUGCGAA